AUGGGCACAGGGGGCCCCGUGGCCUCGUUCUCGGUGUGGGACUAUGUGGUGUUUGUGGGCACAGUCCUGGGGGCAGCUGGCAUUGGCCUGUUCCAAGCCAUCCGGGGCCGCAAGAACAACAACAGCGGUGAGUUCCUGCUGGGGGGCCGUCAGAUGACAGCGGUGCCCGUUGCCAUGUCCCUCACUGCCAGCUUCAUGUCUGGCAUCACCGUGAUCGGCACGCCAGUCGAAGCCUAUCGGUUUGGGACGGACUACUGGAUCUUUGCCAUCUCCUAUGCCAUCAUGUCCAUCAUCACCGCCGAGAUUUUUGUCCCUCUCUUCUACCGCCUGGGCAUCACCAGCACCUAUGAGUAUCUGGAGAUGCGCUUUAAUAAGUUGAUUCGGGUGAUCGGGACAUCCAUGUACAUCACACAAACGGCCCUGUACACUGGUAUGGUCAUCUAUGCGCCUGCUCUCGCACUCAAUCAAAUCACAGGGAUGAACCUCUGGGGAGUGCUGGUGGCCACUGGGGUGGUGUGCAUCAUCUACUGUACCCUGGGAGGUCUGAAGGCGGUGAUAUGGACAGACGUGUUUCAGAUGGUGAUCAUGUUAGCAGGUUUCGUGGCUGUCAUCGCCAGGGGGGCUGUCAUCCAGGGGGGCCUGGGGAAGAUCUGGGACGACUGCUACCAGGGAGGCAGGCUCAGCGCGUUUGAUUUUGAUCCAGACCCUUUGAAGCGUCACACGUUCUGGACGAUCGUGGUUGGUGGCAGUGUGAUGUGGGUGUCCAUUUACUCCAUCAACCAGUCACAGGUGCAGCGUUACAUCUCUUGCAAAACCCUAACCCAAGCCAAACUGUCACUGUAUGGGAAUAUAAUUGGUCUCUGGUUGACUGUGAGCUUAGCAGUGUUCUCCGGCCUCACCAUGUACUCCAUUUACAAAGACUGUGAUCCAUUCACUAACGGUGAUGUAGGGGCUGUUGAUCAGGACUGCGUGGCUUUGCAUGACUGUAACACCAACAUUAAGUUUGCCGAUGACACAACGGUGGUGGGCCUGAUAGCCAACGAUGAGGAGACAGCCUAUAGGGAUGAGAUCUACCCCAAGCCAUAA